AUGUCUUUUUUCGGUUUCGACCCGACACGCCCUGCUAGCCACAACACGGCGGCACCAGGCUUCUCGCAGACCCACGAUCCUUUCGCCGGCCUUUCUCGCGGCGAUGCCGAGGACGACGACGCUGUCGAGUUCGACGAUACGUACGAUGGACUAGGCGACCAACUCGAGGAGAGCGGUGAUGCUUUCAACGAUGACACGUUCGGAGGCGGUGGCCCGGCUACCAUCUCGAAUGCUUCUGUUGGAAAGGACUUCGACUUCUUUGGCCAAACUGCAAAGGUGUCUGACGCCAUCGAGGAGGAGCAGGUCCGCUACAGCCGUCAAGUUCCAGCCGCCAAGCCUGCUCCCGCACCUGUGCCCGUCCAGCAGCAUUACCAGCAGGCCCAGCCUCCGCAGCAAUACUACUAUCCUCAGAGUCAGCAGGCCCCCAGACCUGUUCGCACUGGCUAUGAGAAGUACAAGGAUGCGGAACCCAUUCCCGACUUACACGUCGAUGCGUCGCUCUGGGGCAUGCCUUCAAAGAAGAAUGCUAUUCCAGAGCCUUCCCCGAAGCCGCAGGCUAUCCCGUCCGCCAGCAGGAAGGUCAUGAGUCUGGAGGAGGUGGAGAAGGCAAUGCGAGAGCAAGCCACCCAACGAACCCCUCAGCCAGCCUUCUCGGAAUCUGCGCCGCCCGCUCAGGGCUACCCCGGCCCUGAGUACGGCUACAGACGACCCGAACCUACCCAACAGCAGUCCUUCCAGGGCGCCGAACAUCACCAGCAGCGUGGUGGUCAGCCUCACCAGCAUCCUGGCCAUGGACAUCCCGUACAGAUUCUGCAGAGACCUCAGUCCAUCACCUCCAAGCCGACCCCGCCCAUUCAAGGCACUCCCAGCCCGCUCGCUCAGCCUCCUCACUCCCAAGCCCCGCCUUCGCAGCCGACUCAGAUUCUCCAGAACCCGAACAGACUCUCAGGCGACGCCGCGCGGCUUGGCGCUCAUGGCCCUCAAGCUCAUCACCAGGCCCAUGGACACCAAGGACACCGUUCGCAAGGCUCUAUGGGACGUGUUCCGUCCGCCAAUCAGCAGCAGCAACAGCAGCAACAGCAACAGCAGCAACAGCAGCAACAGCAACAGCAUCUUGCACAUCUGUCGGAGGACGAAAAGGCCGCCUACCUUGACCAAGAAACCAAACGUGCUAAGCGCAAUCACAAGAUUUGGCUCCUGUCUAAGGAUAACGGCCUUAUGACACCCCAAGACAAGAACUUCGUUACACGUAUUCAGCUGCAGCAACUCGUCUCGGCCACUGGAAACCCUAUCGACAAUACCAACGAUGAUUCUUUGACUGAGGACUUCUACUACCAGGUUCUGAGCCAGAUCCGUGGCGGCCAACGUCAGAACCCGAACCAGCCGUUGAAUAACUUUGCUCAAACCUACCUCUUUCAGACCGGCAGUCGCCAGGGCAACAUGAGAAGACAAGGACGGGCAGCAGAGAACCAUGUUCAGCGAAUGGAGCAGCAAGUUCAACGUGCUGUCGAGGCUGCCAAGAACAAGCCCAAGAAUCCACAGCUGGUCAUCGCUGGCAGUCUUGGAAAGAUCUCUUUCAGCAAUGCCAAGACGCCUAAGCCCCUCCUCAACAUCAAGCGAACUGACAGCAGUGGAGAUGCCAACCGUCCUGGCAACGGCAAGCGUCAUGGUGAGUCGAACAACCUGGAUCGCAAGGCCAUCUUGCGAAACAUUGAGAAGGUCUACAACACCAUCAUGAAGAUGGAAGAUCACGCCCGCUUCAUUCCCCCUCCGCCUACAAAUGGAAACGACGAAGAGUUCCUUGCUAAGCAUCAGGAAUGGUUGGAGACGGCCCAAGGCUACAAUGCUCAGCUUUGGAACGAUCUUAAGGUCCAUGAGCCUAUUGGCGCCACCACCCUCCACCCCUUCAUUGCGUUCCUAUCCUUCCCCAAGGGCAAGAAGGCCAUUCCCCGCGUGUUCCGCCACAUCAGCUUCGAGCAGCGCACCACGAUUCUGACCAUGAUCAUCAUCCACCUGGACCAGCUCGAUGUGGUCUAUGGAGCUCAGACUACCGACGGCGAGGUCAGCCUCAAUGCUGCUAUGCGUGAGAGCAUUGAGCUCUUCUCCGCAGCUGUCAUGCCGAGCCUGUUUGCCUACUUUAACGAGACGGAACUGGACAUCGUGACGGGUGUGCUUGGUCUUAUUAGCACCAAGUUGAAUAUUGAUCUCAUUGCCAAGACUCGCGUGGGCUGCUCCAUGCUGACUCUCAUCCUGAGUCGAGCCGAACUUUUGAAGCAAGGUGGCGGAGGUAGCCCUCAGCUGUGGGCUGAGUGGGAGCAAACCUUCAACAUGUUCUUCAACAAGCUCGAGCCUACUCUCCAUCACAUCUUCCCCGGUAGCGUCAAUACCGGAGAAGACGUUGUGGUUUGGCAGCUCCUCGCUGCGGUUGGUGUCAGCGCCAACCCUGAACAGCAGCAACGCCUGGUCCUUGCCGUCAAGGACCGCGUCCUCGACACCGUCGCGCACGCAAAGACACUCCCAGGCGCCAUGGCAACUACUCGGUUGGCCACUGUCAACCUUUUCAUGCACUCCAUUGGUUUGGAUGUCGAAUUGCUUCAGUAA